UCAACUCGUCUGUUUCCGUCCUAAAUCGUUAACGAAACUCUACGUUCUUGAACGCACCCCAGAUUUAAGUUGUUGUAGCAACGAGCUAAACCAUGCCUGCAGCUUGUUUCUAGUCCUAUACACAGUUGUUUCAAUUAAUGGUCAAUAAAUCAUCAAAUGUUGCUAGUUUUUGGCUUCAAAUAUUGACUAACGAGUUGAACAACGUCGUAUGUCCUGUAUUGGGUACAUUAGCUAGCUAAGUUAGCACUAUCAAGGUACCAUAGUAGCCAUACAGGCACAUCUUUGCUGGAGCAAUGUCUGCAGUCAGCAGCCUGGUCCCGGCUCGAUUCCUGACUCUCACUGCUCACCUCGUCAUCGUCAUCACCAUUUUCUGGUCACGGGAGAACAAUGUUGAAGCUUGCCUGCCUUUGGAUUUCACACAGGACCAAUACGACAAGGAGGACACCAAGUUGGUGGUAGCGUUGUCAGUCACCAUGGGUCUGUUUGCUAUAGAGCUGGCUGGCUUCUUCUCUGGUGUGUCUAUGUUCAACUGCACCCAGGGCCUCCUCUCGACUGCAGCCCAUGCCAGUGCCUCUGUGGCUCUGCUGUUCUUUCUGUUUGAACAAUGGGCAUGUGAAAUAUACUGGUGGAUCCUUGCUUUCUGCAGAGAUGGGAGUGUUGGACAUACUGGGUUAUUUUUGCCUUCUGCAGUGUUCUCCCUGCGUUUGUGGAGAUCCUACUCUUCAUCGCAGUGUUCGGACUGAAGAAGAAGCCACUAUAACCGAGAGCAGUGUUUCACAUCGAUGUUCGGUCUGGAAUGUAGUGUCCAUCCUUCCCAGCACUUGUACACACCUGUCCAAGUGUGUGACACAUUGUGACUGUUCAACAGUGUCAAGGGGACAUAGCGGAUGUUAGUGAUGUUGGAUGGUGAUCGUAGUGACAAAGACAAAAGAGCUGGUUAAGAUGUGGGUGGUCUAAGCUGCAGCAUCCGAUACGGUGACAGCAUAGGGUCGAAUCUGGCCUUCUGACUUUUGACACACACCUUUCUCUAUCUAUCCAUCAAUAGUCAGAUUAUUUUAUUUAUUUAUUUUAAGCUGUGGUCUGUGUUUCAGGAUUCAACGGUUUUGUGGACUGUGGACGUUGUAGAUGGAAACAGAGCUACUUUAUGUACCAAGGCAGAGAGGACGAUUUCUAAAAACUCCAGCGUAGUGAUCCUAAUUGCUACGCUGAAUGUAUAGACACAAGUAACCAUCUUUCUCUUCACCAUGCUAAAUGGUCCUGUGUACCAUAGGAUUUUAGUACCACCUUUUUAAAACGUUUACCUAAAAAAAUGUUUUAUCAAGCUGUAGCUAUCCCAGUUUGUUUUGUAUUUUAUUGUAGAGUCACUUGUAAAUAAUUCCUUCCUUUUAAGAUGCUUUUUAAAUUAAUCUAAAAUGUGGUGAUAUCUGAUGGUAGCUACACCCCUAUAUGUCAGUGUUAUUCUUUUUUUUAUGAUUAAAGUAUUUUACCUGUG